AUAAGUAUUUUUAUUCAAUUAGACUUUUACAAGCGUUUUUGAAUCGUCAAAAUAAUUUACCAUCAAGAAAUACUUACACUGAUUAUUUUCAUCAAUUGAAAACAAGAAGGUUUUGCUAAAAAUUAGGUAUAGAUAUGGUUUAGGUAGGUAAUUAAAUAAAAUAACUUACCAAUUUAAUUAGGAACCAAUUGUUCUAACUUGAAAUAAAAUGGGGGGAAAUGAAGUCCAGCUUGCUGCCCUAGACGUCGGAGAAUUAGAUAUGUUCGUUCAGACCAUGGAACCUUGGCGCAUAGAGUCAAUCGGAAAUCAAGCAUGGAUUGAUUGGCAUAUCCGGCUACAGAAACUAAAUCAGCAAGCGGUUUUAGAAGCGUCAUCUAUGCAAGAAGAGUUAACUAAGGAAACCUUAAUCUCGUAUGGGAAGUUAUCUAUUUUAGUUCAUGAAGCAAUAUGUAUUCAAGUAUGGCGUUUGAAAAUCUACCCGCAAAUUAUGAAAAUGGAACCAGCGCCCGCUAAUACUUUUGGAAUUUAUAUGGUGUUGUAUCACGAAGCGGCGGCCGUAGGGCUGCUCGAAACCGUGUUAUUUCAUGAAGAUGGUGCCCAGUGCAUCAGUGAAGUGGUCAUUGAUCUGCUUCAUUACGCUGUCGAUCAGCUGACUGCCCUUGUCGCGCUUAUCAACAAUGGUUAUUUAAAGCCACUAUCAGCCCAGCAGCUGGACUGUGAAACAGCAGCUGAGGAAUUAGAGCGUCAAAAAAAGGACCUACAAUUUGAUAUCAGCAUGAGAUGCAUCUCUAUCGUCCGCUAUCUAGCCGAACAUAUGGAGGUAGUAGGAGUGGGUGCAUCAAUAUCAAGUAAUUUGUACAAGACAUAUGACGUGCCCUCCAUUCUGUGCCAUCUUAUACAAUUAGAACCAUGGAGACGAGUUGAUGAUAAAGGAGAACUUCAAAUAUUCAAUUUCGGUCGUUGGUCGAAGCCGUCUGCAGAGGAUAUCACCCAACUACACCGCAGCGAAGCACAACUUUGGCUGUGCCUUCGGCAGUUGCUUCUGGAACCGCGUCUGCCCCAUCAUUACACUAUAGACGAGUGCCGUCGGUCAGCAUUCUGCUCGCUCCAAGCGAAAAUAACAGAUACGGUUCUGGACCAAAUACCACCUUUGGGUGAUCUCAAGAUGUUCCUAUGCCAACUUGCUGUGGGCGAUUAUUCCAGCGUUCACAAUCGCACUAAUGGCGUUAAGAAUCCAGGGUGCACGCUCAUCGAAAUCGUACCUCAGAUAAAACAAGCAUACUUGAAAGAAGUGCAUAAAAGAACAAAAUCAUUAGCAAAAGAUCAACUAGAACAUUUCCAUCUGGAUGGCUCAGAAGCGUCAAGAAAUAUGGCAAAGAAGCUUCUAGAAUCGUAUACUAGUGAUGCUGCUCUAGCGCUCGACAGUGGUGGCGCGAAAUGCGCUAAAUGCGGUGAUAAGGCUAGUAAAAAAUGUUCGAGAUGCAAGACGGAAUGGUAUUGUGGCAGAGAAUGUCAGGUGCAACAAUGGCCAAAACAUAAAGAAAUCUGCGACCAGUUUUCCAAACUGUGCGUGUGAUCUCACAUAUUUCAAGAGAAACUC